AUGGCUAAGAAAUCAGAGCAAAAGGCUACCCCUGUCAAGAAGGUUGACGCUCCUAAGAGCACCACCGCCGCUCCCGCGCAACUUCUCGCAUCUAUUGCCUCUUUCCUGACCAGCAAUGGCUUCACUAGUACCAACGCUGCAUUCGAAAAGGAACUAAAGAAGACCAACGGCAAGGCCGACGCGAAAAACGCUCCGUCUUUGUUGGAAAUCUUCCAGGCUUGGGAGAAGAAGAAUCCUUCCAGCUCUAGCUCCGAUAGCGACAGCGAUGCCAGCUCCAGCUCCAGCUCUAGCUCCGACUCCAGCUCCGACUCUGACAGCGAUGCCAGCGACUCGGACGUUGAGAUGGAAGAUGCGCCCAAGGCUGUGAAGGACCAGAAGGCUCGCUCCCCAUCUCCUUCCUCUUCCUCGUCCUCCAGCUCUGACAGUGACGCCGAUGAUGAGGAGGAGGAGGAGGAGGCCGCACCCACUCCUGCCCCUGCUGUCCAGAAGUCUGCUGGCGUGAAGCGCAAGGCUGAAUCUAGUGACGAGUCAUCGUCUGAUUCGAGCUCUGAUUCGGAUUCUGAGAGUGAUGCCCCCAAGGCUAAGAAGGCCAAGACCUCUAAGAAAGACGAAUCGUCUUCUGGAUCUGAGUCGGACUCCUCUUCCUCUAGUUCCAGCUCCGACUCGAGUGAGUCCUCUGACUCUGACUCUGACUCUGACUCCGACUCUGACUCCGACUCCUCCGAGUCAGAGAAGGAGCCUGCUAAGAAGGCAGAUGCCAAGGCUCUGAAGAAGGCAAAGAAGACCCCCCUCCCCUCAUCCUCUGAGUCGAGCUCGUCCGACUCCUCAUCUGAAGAGAGCUCUGACGACAGCUCUGACGACGAGAAGACUGGAGGUGUUGCCGUCUCCUCCACUUCCAGUGCGACUGUCUCCGCUUCACCCGAAGCUGAUGUCCUUGAUAAUAAGCCAUUGAACAACGUGCGGAACUCUUCUUCGAGCGCCAGCCCCGUCCCUGGAAAUGGAUCGGCAAAGAAGCACACUGGAGCCCGUCCCACUCCGCUUGCUGCUCUGAGCGCUCUUCCUUUCGACGGCCCUAGGAAUGAUUACGUUGCUUAUGCUUAUGCUGACCGCGCCUACGCGGAUUUGUCCGUUACUCGUGGAAAGGGUUUCACCAAGGAGAAGAACAAGAAGAAGCGCGGCUCUUACCGCGGUGGCCCGAUCGACAUCGCUGGCGGCAAGUCGUUCAAGUUUGACGACUAA